AUGGAUGAACAUAACAAGACCAUAACUGCUAUCCACCUCUUAGGGCUUCAGACUCCACAGAGUUUAACGUUUUUGGUAUUCUUUGUAUUUCUUCUGUUUUAUUGUUUGACAUUAUGUGGAAACUUCCUGAUCAUCACACUGGUGUCCUACAGCAAAUCCCUCCACUCCCCCAUGUACUUCUACCUCUCCCAGCUCGCUCUAUCGGAUAUGUUAUUAACAACUGAUAUUCUUCCUAACAUGCUCCAUGCCGUUUUGGAAAAUACCACCAUCAUUUCCAUUCCAAAUUGUAUCACCCAGCUGUAUUUCUUUGGUGUCUCAAUAACCUUUGAGUGUCUUUUACUGACUGUGAUGUCUUACGACAGAUAUUUGGCCAUCUGUAAGCCAUUGCAUUAUACUUUGUUAAUGAGCCAUCGGUUUUGUUGGAUGACAAUAAUCGCAAGCUGGAAUUUAAGUUUCCUAGCAGUAUUGACUUACACCUUAGACAUGUCAAAACUACAGUUUUGUGGUCCCAAUAUUAUCGAUCAUUUUUUCUGUGAUCUUGACCCAAUCCUACAUCUCUCCUGCUCCAGUACCAGCCUUGUUCAACUAUUGGUAACUUUAUCAACCAUAUUUUUUGCAGUCAUCCCGUUUUUUGGCAUCAUUAUAUCAUAUAUUUAUAUUAUAGUCACCAUUUUUGAAAUCCCGUCUAUUACUGGGAGGAAGAAAGUUUUCUCAACAUGCAGUUCUCAUCUGACUGUUGUUUCUAUUUUUUAUGGUACCUUACUUUUUGUAUAUUUGAUACCGAGUAGAGGACAAUCAUGGAACAUCACUAAAUUUGUGUCAUUGCUGUACACUGUGGUCACUCCUAUGCUGAAUCCAAUAAUAUACACUCUGAGGAAUAAAGACCUUAAACAAGUUAUUGAAAAAAUUAUCAACAAUAUUUUGAGGUUACAUUUCUGUAAUCAUCAAAAUAUGUAA